UAUUUUUUUAAUAUUUUGAAAAAUUAAAUAUCUUAAAAUUAAACGAAAUAAAAUGCAAAUGUCAUUUCGUCAAAAGCAAUUUGCAUGUGGGUGAUCGUUAGCAGAAUCUUAAGAGGAAAGCGUUGGUUUUCCAAAAAAAAGAUUGAAUAAAAAUAAAUCCAGAAAAAAACGCAUUAAAAUUUUUGAACUAUAAAAGCAAGAAGGAAUUAAAAUAAAAUGGAUAACGAAGACGCAAAAGAGAAAGAAAAGAUGCAUCAUCCAUGGGAUGAAGGACUAACAAGAAAUCGUUUGACCGGCGCUGCAUUGACAAGAUUCUUGGUUUGCAUUGCACCAGUUAUGGUGUCAUUACCCGGCGCUGAUACGAAUGAGAGCAAUCAGCCGACAAUUCUUCUACUCAAUAAAGUUAAUGAAGUGAAGGAAACAAUUGAUUCAGCUUCAGUAGCGACAAAAAAAUCUGCAACAGAAGCACAUACAGAGUCCCCGCAAAUAGAAGAUCAACGAUCGGAUGAAGUAGCGACAAAUGCACAAACGGCAGAAUUACCAAAGCGCAAAGCAAAAGUAAAAUUGCAAAGAAAAAAGAAACAAAUACCAAGUGAUAAUCUAGUCAAUAAUAGUGAUACCAAAUCGGAAACAAGUUGUGAUACUAUAAAUUCGCCGCCAUCGAGUCCAUUGCCAAGCGCUUCAGUUGCUGAGAGCGCACCCUUGUACGAUCGUCAGUUUAGUCGGGAACACGUGCUUGAUAUUGAAUCUCAUUUGAUUGAGACCUAUGAUGAUUAUCAAGCAAAGGAUGAAAGCGUUGGUAUAAAAGAACUACAACCUAUACAAGAUGAAUUAACGUUAGGUUCAUCCAAAGUUGAAACAGAUCAUAAUUUAUGUACAGUAAUCGAAGUCGAGCCAGCCGGUGUCAAAAUUAAAAAACCUAUUAAAACGCGCAUUCAAGCCGUACAAGCACAAAUUAUCGAAGAUAUUGGUAUUGAAGCAGAUAUAGGUAUUGAAUCGGAAGACAAUAAUAUUAUAACUGAUCAAAUUAACAGUACUGCGAACGAUUUAAUAGACGAAAUUUUAGAUAUCGCUAAAGAAAGUAUAAAAGUGCCUAAUAUUAUAGAAGAAAAGGUCAUCCUAGUGGAAAAUACUAAACAAAGUAACGAAGAAAAUUCUAAUGCUGAAGAACUUAAAAACGCUUCUGAAGAUUUAAACAAAAUAGUUAGCGAAGUAAGAAGUACUUCUGAAGAUUUGUUGAAUGGAAUAAUCGAUGCGGCUGAAUCGAUUGCACAACAGAAAGUGGAAAGCGCUGCUGCUGAAUUAGUAGAUAAAGUAGUCGAAAUAGCCGAAACAAGAACCAACGAAGAAGAUAGUGUAGUUGAGAAUGUAGAUGUAGAUGAGGCUAUCGAAACUGUCGAUACAAGAAUCCCCAAAGCAGAUAGUGUAGUUGAGAAUGCAGAAAAUAUUGAAAAGGUUUUGGUUAAUGGGAAUGUUGAUCCAGUUGAACUAAGCAUUGAGAUUGAAGACAAAUCAGAUUCCUUAAUUAAGAGAACUACAGUAGCAUUUGAAUUGACAGAAGAAGCAAAUGAUGAAAUAAAACGUACUGCAGAACUGUUAAUUAGCGAAAUCGAGCGUGAAGCACUUAACGCUAUUAGUCAACAACUAGCCGAAAAUAAGACUGGAAGUCCUUUGAAUGAAGUGAAAGAAGCAGAUUAUAAAAAUAAGCACAAACUGAAGUUGGAAAAUAGCGCGGACGACCCCAAUGACACCUUAUCUCAAAAAGUAGAUGAACAUAUAUCAGAAAUAACUGGAAUACUUAAGAAAAAUACCAGACAUGAAGAUAUUCUAUUAAACGGUGAUAUUAAUAAUGAAAACUUAAAUAUUAAUAUUAUCGAAACACAAAAAGCAUUGAAGAUUAUAGAUGUACCUACGCCUAAAAACGAAUCAGAAGUAGAAGCGCGUAAACUGUUUAUUGAAUCAUUACCACAAAUUGACACCAAAACGGAUGCUGAAAAACUUGCUGAAGAUUGUAAACGUGAAUAUUAUCAAUCGUUAAAGAAAUACUUAAUCCAAAGCAGCACGGAGAAACCACCAGUGCCAUUACAAACUUAUAAGUGGGAGGAUUUGCGUCGUGCGAAAGAAAGAGGUGGUUAUCCUUGGACACAUUUAUAUAAACGGCCGCUCGGUCCAGAUGAGGAACCGGAGAUAGUACUAUUACUUAGGAAAUCUCAGGAAUUGCGUUUUACUUCAGAAUCACCAAAAUCUUUGAAAAAAGUUCGCAUUGACGAGCAAGUACUAGUUAAAGAGGCCGAGCGUUAUAUACAAGAUCUAUCUGAAGACGAAGAAGACGAUCAAAAGCACCAAACAUUAACUGAAGACGACGAAGAAAACCACAGCAUACACAGUGAAAGCAUUUCAUGUGUGUCAGACUCAGUACUUGCUGUUGGUAAACCCAGAAAAUCGAAUCGUUUAAAUAAAAUACGUGGUAUACUCAAGCGGCGAAAAAGUGGACGUUCAAGUGAAGACGCACAAUCACUGCCUGGAACUUCAACAAACACAAGUCGACGACAAAGUGAGGAGCACAUUGAAGCAGAACCAUUAACUAGCAACGAAAAUACACCACAGCACAAGGAAAAGCGCUGUUAUCCAAUCAUGAAAAAGUUAAAGAGUAUGGCAGAUCGUCAAAAGAAACGGCUUAAUAUAAAGCGCAUUACUCUCAGAAAGGAUGAAAAAAUAGUUUUGGGUGAAGAAACGAAAAUACUAAAGCUCAAAAAGUCACCCAAGUCUGAUCGUGGAGAAAUACCACAUUUCAUUGAGAAGCAGGAUUCCGAUGAUGUACUUGAAAUUGUUGAAUUAGAUGAAUCACCAAGUCGUAAGCAUAGACCUGAUAAUAGAGAUGUAGACAGUGGUAAUGAUGUAGCACAGCAUGCAGAAAAUAACACUACAAUAGUACAACCAGAUGAAAUCAUAGAAAUUGAAACGACAUCUGAUAAGCCUGAAAGUAAAAAGUCAGAAGUUGUUAUGAUUGAUAUUACAGACGCAAGUGAAACGAAAGUUGAAACGGAAACAGAUGCAGAAGCAACUAGACCAAGAAAAGCACCACGAUUACGAAGAGAACAUGUUUACGAAGAAAUUGAUCAGCCUGAAACUAUUGAAUCUCAACUUAAUGACAUACUCGAAUUGGCUUCUGUGGAAGCUUUAAAAAAAUCAUUAGUGAACCAAGACAAUUCAGCACUAGAAGACAUCGCCAAUGCAAAUAAACCAUUACCAUUGGAUCGUAUGGGUAGUAGUGAGGAAGAAAAUUUCAAUGUUAGUACGGAAGAAAAACCAAGUUUAAGUUUGCUUGCACCAAUCUCAUCUAUAGACUCAACGUCCUCUGAAGAAGAUAAAGAGAGAGCAAAAUCUCAACUUUCUCCUGUCGCUGAAGAAAGCGAUGUGGGUAGUGUUGAUGGACAACUCAACGAACCCGAUCCUGUCGAUAUUGUUGAAAAAAAUGAUCAAAUCGAAAUUAAAUCAUCUAUUAAGAAGGAAGCAUCUCCAGCACCAUCUGAUAAGAAGGUAACAUUCUCUCAUGUAGAAGACGAAGCCGAACCACAUCGUGAAGAUAUUGAACUGCCAAGCGAAAUCAUGGAAGCAACCGCAGCACGUAAAUUAAAAACAACAAAUGAUCAUGAAUAUGAACCAAUUGGAGUGCCCGUAAAUGGUGAAAAACCAGUUAUAAAGAAGGAGUCUUCUCCAGCGCCUGUACAAGCGCAAAAUAAGUCGAAAAUAAAAAUGGAAAUUGACACAGUUAGAGAUGAAAUGAAAGCAGCAGAGGAUUUGCAAAGAGAUUUUGAAGAACAGUACUUCAGUUCUGCAACCACAACACCUCGCACUGAGUCUCGCACGGAUAAUGAAAUACAUACAAGUCAAGUAGACACCAGUGCUCUUGAGGAAUUACCACUUAAGCCAGAAAAUCGUAAAAAAGGUUUUAUGGCCUCCGCUCAGGACCGAACUCGCAAAAUGCAAGCUGGCCUUAAAAGUCAAGCUGGAAAAUUGAAAACAAAAUUACGUUCACCAGCAAAGAAGCCUCCAGCAGGAAGUCCAAAAGCAAAAGACCGUAAGCGCUUUAAAGCGCCAGAAUUUUCAAAAAUAAAAAUGCCAGAAAUAAAGCGCCCAGAUAUGUCUAAACUAAAGGAAUUGAAACGUCCUGAAUUUACGAAAUUCAACAAGCCAGAUAUGUCUAAAUUUAAGCUCCCAGAAAAAUUUUCGACACUAAAACUUAGAAGAAGCAAAUCAUUAAAAGAGAAUGAAACCAGUCCAGAGGAUGAAAUUUCAGGCAUAACAACAGAAGCGCCAAGUUCAAAGGUUCAAGAAUCGCAACCACAAAAGAAAAUAUUUGAAUUUAAUUUUGGUACGUAUCCACGCGCAUUUCGUAAGAAAAAGAAACCAGUUGAACCAGAACCUUUACUUGAUGCAGGCACUGGCACUGGCACUGGUACAGAAGGUUUGAGUGUCAUAACAAGCACCGAAACGCAACCGUCUGUAGAAUCAUCAAGUUCGCCACAAGGUGAUCGUGGACCGGGACCAGUACGCUCCCGAUGGGCGGAUAAAUUUUCCGACGUGAGCUACAAUGAUAGUGAAGGUUCAAGAUAUCGUCGCUAUGGCAGUGAGCAAGAAAGUUUCGACCGUGAGUCUUCACUCGAGAGACGUAUGCGUGAAGAUUUGGAAGACACUGGUAGUGAAGCUCCUAUGGAAUUAGGUAUAUUAGGAGGCGUUGCUGAUAACAAGCAAUUUGCGGAAUUUGAUGAAGAAAAUCGUGCAAUACACGAGAUAUCUAAUCUUCGAGCUGGGGAAUUUAAGCGUCGCCCAAUGGUGCAUCAGGACUCGGACCUUAGGUCAGAAGAUAGUAAAGAAGCAGUGGGUUGGACUGAUAAAGAAAUUCAGAAAAAUAAACUAUUAAGACACGCUGAACUUGAGGCGGAAGCAAGCUACUUAAAAUACUCCUAUGACGACGGAAUAGCACAGGAAACACACUCAACUGCUAGUUCAGGCAAGAAAGUAGUAAUGGAAGAAAUUGAUGACGACGAAUUCUUCUUGCGUAAGCGAGGAAUAUCACAAGAUAAUAUUGAAUUAAGACAGUACAUAACUAAUGCUAUUAGAGAAGGUUAUGAUACGCCGAUCAAUGCUUUACAGCAUGUUGGUCAGUCAAGUGAAAGAAUGGAAUUUGGUGAAUACGAUGUACCUCCACCGAAACCACGGCGACUGCACAAGAGCAAUAGACCUGAGGAUAUUUCCCAAGAAUUCGAAACUCAACGAAGUGAUUACGGAGACGAUUUAUCAAUGUCACAAAAUGGUAGUGAUUUCUUAACUGGACCUAAGAGGCCUAUGCGAAAGGAAAGAAGUCGUAGCAAAUAUUCAAUGGAUAGCCAAGAUGUAGCAAUGCCAGAUGACUCUAUAAGACAUGCUCGAUACUUUGAUGAUGAUGAAGAAUAUUUACGCCCACCACGCAGUGCACACUAUAGGGAAAACAAUUUUGAUAUUGCAGAUAAACAAGUUUUUACUGCUGAAGAUAAUGAAGUUGACAGCGUUAUGCAGCAGCCACAAGCACCACAACGAAAACGCCGUCAAUUGCGCGACGUAUCAAUGGACAAAGAUUCAUACAUAAAUGGCUUUAGUGGCAGAUCGGUAUCAAAUAACUAUUUACAAGAACCCGAGGAUGUAAUAGUUUACCGCACCGAACACGAAUAUCCCAUCCCACCACUUGCCACUCCAGAAAACUAUACCGAUGGCAAUUCGAUUCCAUCUCGUAAAUCAAGAUCCACAUCAAGGUUUGAUGAAGAUGACCGAACAUCAAGAGGAGCGGACUCGUUAACUUUAGAUGCAAAUAUGAGAAUUGACAACGAUAUUGACGCACAGGAUGUUGAUGAAAAGUUUAUCAUUGAUAUGAUAGAAAGCGAUGGUUACGCAGUAGUGCGAAAAGAACAACUACCAAAACCCACUCCACCAGCCAGAAGAAAAAAGUUUUCACGCUCACCGGGAGAACGUUUUGCAACUAUGCCCAACAUGCGCACAAAACAUGGUACUCCGCCCCCCGAACGUCCGCCACCACCACGGGAAUAUACGCCGUCCACGGACUUACCCACGAAACCUGUGUACACCACGGACGUGGCUCAAAACUAUGAAGACGAUUAUGAAGAGCCUGGCAUUAGUGCUAACGAACGACCAGAAUCACCACGCGAUUUACAGUCCGGAGACGUGAUAAAUAAAAUGAAGUAUCGGCCAUUACCUCCACCACCUCGACCACCGCGAGAUAAAAGAAAUCGAGCUGAAAGCAGAGCUUCUAAUCAAGGCAGUCGCACGGAUGAACAUGAAAGUACCAUGUUGGAUAUAGACGAAAAUAUAGCUACUUCCUCUACGGCUGACAGUUAUGAUCAAAAUAUGGAGUCAGAUGACAAUUCACACAUACCUGAAGUCGAAGUUUCCACACAAACUGAUCCACUACCGGAUGAUUUCAUAUGCGAAGAGUUUGAAAUAACUGAAGACAUGAAGGUCAUUGCGCCGCGACGAUCAGGCAAAACAUUAGACGAAUUAAUGAAAGAGCAUCUUGAAAGUGAAACUAAUGAACCAAAGCUAUUAACAGAAGAUGAACAAUUGGCAAUAGGUUUGCAGCGAUUUAGAGAUGCAAAUCAACGCAGUUUAUCUGAAAGGUCACGUGCUUCAUCUCAAGCAGAUCGUAGCAGAUCUUUGAGUAGACCACAAACUCCAUCUGCAGUCAUAAUCGAAAGACGUGUUUCAACGCCUAUUCCAAGUCAACAAAAUGAAUCUGUUUUAGAAGCGGCACUGAUUGUACGUCCUGUAGAUGAUUUAGAUUUAGAAGAAGAAGCUUUACGUCGAGAGGGACUUCUCACAGACAGUUCACAACAAAGUAAAUCCGAUGUUGAAAGCCAUUAUCAAGCGGAAGCAGAUAAUACAGAAGAAGCUAAAGGAGCAUUAAGUGAUUAUUCUUAUGCACCAAGCUCUAGUGACUUAGACGCGGCUAUUGAAAAAUUGCGUUUGCAUGAAGAAGAACUGAGCGAGACUCAACAUGUUGAAGAAGAAGAUGCCGAAAUUGAGCGAACAAUGCGAGAUUACUCAUAUGAUGACGAUGAAGCAGAAAGAUAUUCUAAUCAUUACGAUGAAGAUGAGUCAGAACUUACAACAGAAAACGUGACUGCAAAGAAUGAACUGUUAAGACUGCAAGAACUGUUGGAAAAAACAACUUUAGAUGCAUUAAAUAAGACUGAAAAAAGCGAUAUAAGUGAAGACGACAACGAAUUUACGGCAGCAGAAAAAGAGUUACUUAAACGUAUUGAAAGAAUAGAGCAAAUGGACACAGAAUCAUCAAGUGCGGUAGCACCACUACCACCACCACGUCGUAAGUCAACAACCGCGAUUGAAACUACAAAUGACUUGAUUAUAGCUGAGCAAAUACCCACACAAUUAACACCUGUUCAAGCUGUUGUCAAUAGAGAACAAUUACCACAAUCACAGCUUCCGAGCCGUCUUGGCGAUCUCGAAGUAGAUCACUUACGAGUGCAUGCACUGCAAGCUGGCCAAAUUAUGGUGUCACAAUUACACGGAACAGAGAUAAGUGCUGAUGAACUAGAAUGUAAAUCAGGCAGUCUUGUUGUCAAAAAUAUAGAAUUACCACCAGGAUUUAUAGAAGAUAUUGUAGAACGAGUACGCAAUACCGAACGCAGUCAACUAUUAAAUACCGAAACGCAAACUAGCUUGCAGGCUAGUAAUGAAGAAAUACCCACCGAGCAGGUGUCACAAUUACCAGUGUCAGAAAUUGUGCCACCACCAAAACCUCCUAGAUUAAGAAAUUUGGAAUCCACACCUGCCAGCACAACAUAUACUGCAGACAUUCAACACGAUAUAACGCAACAAAAUCUUGAUGAAGAAACACAAACUGAUAUUCCUGCUGCCCCACAAUUGCCACCAAUUGUCUUUCCCACCGCCGAAUAUUUGCAAUCAAUUGCACCACUUGCGCUUUACAAUUUACGUCAACAAACAGAAAUGGACCCAAUUGAUGAUACGACAGCAUCAACAAAAUGUCAACACCGGUCGCGACAUCAUCAUCAUCACCACCACAGAAGACGUGAUUCAACUAGUUCGGAUAUUGAAGAAGAACCAUCUGAUAUUGAUGAACCACAAAUACAGCGACGUCACCGCUCACGCAGUACUACACGUCCUCGAGAUAGACAAAGCAUUGCAGCAGCGACUAAACAAUUACUAGGCGCUUGCAGUUUACAAGUUGUCAACAUAGUAAACCACUUGACCGAAAUAGUGAGAGGUGAAGGCGGAAAAGAGCAGGAUAUAAUCACCCGUUUGCGACAAGUGCCAGUAUUGGUUGCACUCUUUAUAGUUGUAACUUUCGGCGUUUUACUUUAUCUGCUAUCUGGAAAGAAUGUACACACACACCAUUGGGAUUACUUCAAUCCACCUGGGAAUGAUGGACGCCAUCAAACGUAAUAGUUAAAUUUUUCAUAUCGAAAGUCAUAGGUCUAGCCAAUUUUUAUUGCAGUUCUAUAAUAAGAAUUUGUCUCAGACCACAUAUGAUAAUUUUUUUGCAUUUUGAGUUCAAUUUUUACACUGUAAAAAAAUUAUAUAUUGUAAAAAACGAAUUUGCGAAUAUUUCUAAAUGGAUGAAAGCAGUGAGUUAAGAUUUUUUAUUAUGGGUGCAACUCAGUGCAGUCAAAUAUUUGUAUACGAAAUAAAAGUUGCCUUGUACCAUUUAAACUUAAACUUCAUUAAAUCAAUCAAAACUUUAAAAGAUUUUUUGACAUUUUUCAUUUAUCAAAAAGCGUCGACAAGAGAGGACAUCACAUAUCUUAUGACUUAGAUUACAUACAUAUAUCGGGUACAUUAAUACAUUUUCACAUAACUACAUUAACAAUUAUUUGAAUUAAGUGAUACUGACGUAUAAUGGAAUUCGGUUUUGGAAACAUCUUGGAUUUAAAUAAAACAAGAUUUAUACAUAUUUUUAAUAUUUGCAGUAGUCAGCAACGGAGGACUACGACUGUAAGAAAAAAUUAAGAAUUUUAUUUAUCCAGUGUUCAGUGUUACUACAAUUAUUACAAUAAAUUAAAUUAAUUUUUAUGAUUAUUAAUUUUUUUAUAUAAAUUCAUUGUUAUUUAUUGAUAUAAAUAAGUUUAAUCCGCUAAUAAUUGCAACUUAGAGCGGUGCUUAGUAUUUGUUUUACAAAAAUUAAAUCAACUUUAAAGAUAAAAAUAAAGCAAUACAUAUUUUUAAAAUAUA